AUGAAUGCGCUCAUCAAAUACGGUUCUGUUCAAGCUAAUCCUCUUUAUAAUUGCAGCUCACGCACACCCCCAGAGUGGACCACAAGAGAAGGUGUUCCUCGGCAUGUCUAUGGAGCCACAGAAGUAAUUUUCGGUAUAAUAUUCGAACUUGCAUAUAUUCCAAUGCUUGCUGUUAUGUUUGAAAAGGAGUACUUUAAGAUGUCGUGUUAUAAGAUUAUGAUUUUCUUAUCUUUGGUUGAUAUCAUUUCCAUAUUAGUUGGUGGGAUUAUAACCGGCUGGCUUGGCUAUCAGGGUGCAGUCUUCUGUACCUAUCCUGAACUCAUUUAUUAUUGUGGAAUGAUUGUUGAAAACUACAACGAAUCUGUUGAGUUGGCGGCUCUCCAAAACGGUGUUGAUAGCUUUCGAAGAGUCAACAGAAGUGGAGUGCAUGUUCUGAAAAAGGUAACAGUUAGGCUGAAAUUCGAGAUCAAAAAGGUUACCUCCAAAAUGAUUUUCUUCAACUCUGGAGUGUUACACAUCACAUCUUUGUCUCCUGCAGCAAUACCAAAGAAUUCUGGAGCAGUUGGUUUAUCUGGGAGAGAUCUCUUCUUUCUUCCUCCACAUCCACAUGGCGAUGGUGGUGGUGGAGCUCCGCACCCGCAUCCGCCUCCACCGCCCAUUCCGAAGAGUCCUGGACACGCAGCAGUGAUGGAGACAAGGGCGAGAAGAAUGAGAAGAGAAGAUUGCAUUGUUGAGAAUAUUUCAGAAGACGUUGUUCCGAUGCUUCAUUGGUCUCCAGCUGUUCCCCUUUUAUAG